GGGAAGUUUCUACACCAAGUAGAAUGUAAUAUUUUGCCAGUGGACCACGCUCAUCCAUCCGUUCGGCGAUUAUCGAAACUAGUGAAGUUAGUUUUGUGAAUAUUGUUGCGAAGAGCAGUCGCUUGGGGCGAGUGGCAGUGACAACAAACAGAUACAAAAUGGCACACCCAAAGCAGGAUGUUUUAAAUCCGGAAUCUCCAAGAAUUGUAACAAACGAAAGUAGCAUUAAAUCCGGCGAAACUCAUGGCGAAAUGUACCGAAAGCAACUAGCUCAAGUUCUGAUGCUUAGGCUAGCACGAGAAGGAAAAGGUUUUCGCUUGGCUUACGAACUGACACCCGCGGAUAAGUUUGACGACAUGGUACUGUACGAUAAGACAGCCAAGCAAUGGAUUUUCCUACAAUCAAAACAUGUCGACGGCAAAGAAUCAAAGAUGGAUCUCAAUGGAUUGGUCCCAAAAACAGAUCAGGAGGAAGGAGAUUUCAGUUUGUACAAAUAUUUCUGCUCCUACCUAAAAGUUCGUAACAAAUUCGAAGGCAGAACAAAUUUCGUGCUGUUCACCAACAAGAAACUAGAUGAAAUAUUAAAGACCGCAGAAAAUUGCUUUGCAAUCAAGGAUCGAGAUGUAGCCGAAUAUCUUCGCUUUUCGACAGAAGGAGCAACACACAAAGUUAUUACCCCGAAUGAAUCGACAAUUCGAUCAAUCGUGGAAUACGCCAACAAAGAUUUUUAUUUCCUGAAGGACGCUAUCAAGGAACUUUUCGACAAAGGUAUCAUUGCAGAAGAAGUGCAAAAAUAUCAAGCAUUUUUGAUUGACAUUUUGAUGGAAUCGGAAAACGGUGAGAUAGGAUUUAAAGAUACCUUCAACGACUCACUGAUUAUUAUUGCUGAAUUGUAUAGAAAGCUUGAACCAGAUCUACACAAUUUCAACCCUGUUGAUAAACCACCAGAAAUCGACUUGAAAGAAGCGGGAUAUCAGUCAUCGGAUAACCUGUCAGUAGAAGGCCAGGAUUUUGAGCACCUGGUGGACGCUAUCAAAAGUCUUUUUCGGAACGGAAUUGUUUCUGAUUAUUUUAAUAAGUACGAGAAUCUACUUGCUUAUAUUCUUAUAAAAACAAGGAAUGAUCAGCUAGCAUUCAAAGAAACAUUUAAUAGCGAUGUAGUCAGUAAAGCUGAAUUAUAUAGAAUGUUGAAGGCUGAACUGAGUGACAUGAAUAAGAAGGUUACAACGACGCAGAAACUGUUCGUUGGAAAUUCACGGAACGAACACCAUCCAGUAUUAUUGUAUGCGGAGGAAUCUGAUGUGAGGCAAUUCUUUGCCCUACUCACACUAUCAGCACAACAACCAGAUGAAUUGGAACCCUUCAUCACCGACGAACUGUGCGCUUGGAUGCGAAUGUGGCUACGACCUGACGUUUUAGGUAAACUAACCGAAGACGACGAAAAAAAUGCGGUGAAAGAUUUGGAUGGUUAUUUCGACGAAAUGCUGAAACGCGAGCAAGGUAAUUCCAAACCAUACCUGGAUGAACAAUUUGUCGCGCAGUUUUAUGACAGGUUUAGAUCAAAAAUAAUUGAACUGCAUCCGGAACUGAAUGAUACGAAUCAGAUAUAUAUUAACAGGGUACUUUUUCAUCAUACUGAUGAAUCACAAUCCGUGCAAGCUUCUAUCGUUGAUGCCACCCUGAAGUCUGAAGUGGAUUCUAGUUUAAGGACAUGGGCUGCUUUCGAUUGCGAUACUUCGGAAUAUGAAUUUGAAAUGUAUGAAGCACUCACUAACAGAGUCUACGAGAAGAUGACUGAUAGUCAGUUUGCAGCGGAUCUGAAUGUCAAGUUGUCAAAUUUUCGGUGUUUAAUUUUGACGGCGGACCCGGGGAUGGGUAAAUCUGCACUUCUUCAGUACGUUGCCCUUGAGCAUCAAAAACUCAAACCGGGCGCAGUUUUCUUAUUUUACUUGAAUAGACUACAAGACUCUGAGAGUAAGCCAGGAUGUGCAAAAGUUUUGGGCAACCUCAGCUCUGCGUUGUCUAAAAAGAAUUUGUUGUUUUUGGAAAAGGUUUUGCAAGGUACCGCUGAUGAUCACAUUACAAUGCUGUUUGAUGGGUACGAUGAAGUACGCGAGAAAAAUAGGAAAAAGAUAAAUAAAAUGUUCAAAAAAUUGUUGAAAUCAAAACGUAUACAACUUAUUAUAAGUGUCAGAAAUUAUAAAAUACGAGCCAUGCAGCGAUUUUUUAAGAAACAUAAGGUUAAUGUUGGAUUCUUUUCAUUGGAGCCAUUCAACAGUAAAAAUAUAACAGAAUAUCUGGCAAAAUCUUGGAUGCAUAGCGAAAACUGCAACACUCCUAAAUUUAUUUCGUUUUCCAAAUUUUUGGUUGAGAAAUUUUAUAGCUUAUGCAGAGUUCCAUUGAUGGUGAAAAUGAUGGCAAAAAUAUACAAACAGCGAUUUGAGCGAUUCAUCGAAACUAAUAUGGCCGAUGAGAAAGCUGAGUUAAGCUGUUUAGAAAAAGAAAUUCCAGACAUUGUGCACAUUUAUGAAAAGUUCAUAGAAAAAUGUUUACAGGUAGCUGUAGAUGAUGCCCUCGAUGGCAUGGGGUCUGUCGAUUCGAACAAACAAAUUUUUGAUGGGUUUUAUCUCGAUCACCAACUGCAGGCAAUUGGUUUUCUUGAUGUUUAUGACCUUGAGUUUGUCUUCAAAAACCCAAAAUACAUGACAAAACGGGCUGAGUAUUCCAAUUGUCACCUAAUCCAGUUUGAAAAUUCCAUUCUUCGGAAAUUCGUUGACGGUAAAGCUCUGUUCUCUCAUCACUCGUAUGCUGAGUAUUUUGUUGCAACCUUUCUGUGGGGCGAUUUCGUUUACUUGAAACACAUUGUCAAACAUGUUCUGCAUUGCUCUACAGAGAUAAGAAAGUUUUUUAUCAAAAUAAUUGAAAAUAAUUUCAUCUUGUUCAAAUCAGAAAUUGCUCAAGAAAUGUCUUUUGUAUCAAAAGAUGUAGUUUUCUGGGCUUGUGAAUGUAAUGCAGUGGAGUUGUUGAAAUAUUCGCUUUCAAAAAAGUUUUAUCUUAAGCCAAAAAAGACCAAAAUGCUCCACGUUGCCAUCGAAAAUGGCAGCGACAAAAUAUGUUCCUAUUUAUUCGACGAGCGUAAAGUGCACCCCGAUAUUAAGGAUGAUGAUGGAAAAGCUUCUCUACAUUUGGCCGUAAUACACGGACACAGAAAUUUAGUACAGUUACUGCUAAGGCGAGGAGUCGACAUAAAUGUUAGAAGCACAGAUGGAUGGUCAGCACUUCAUUAUGCAGUCCAGCAUAAACGAGUUGCUAUAUCCAAAUUAUUGAUCGAUAAAGGCAUUGAUGUAAACGCCCGAGACAAACACAAAUGGAAUGCACUCCAUAUUGCCUGUGAUAAUGGUGAUGCUGAUUUGGCAAAUAUGUUGAAACAAAAAGGGGCACAGCUCGAUGCUAAAACAAUUGAAGACAAAACAGCCCUUGACUUAGCUGCGUUAAAGGGCUACACAGAAAUUGUUAAAAUUUUAAUUGAAAAUAUGGAAAAGUGUAGUAUGGUGUGCACUGCAUAUCAGAUUGCUGCUCGCAGUGGCCACCACACUGUACUGAAAGCACUGGAAAGCAAAUUUCCGAAACUUGCUGAUGAUGUGGAUAUUGUUGAAAUGCCAAUUCACAUUGCAGCUCGGAAAGGUCUAUUGAAAAAACUGGAAAAAUUGAUAAACGGCGGUUCUAACGUAAAUGCGUUGACUAAGGCAAAGCUCACACCUUUACACCUAAGUGCAUCUGCAGGGCACCGAUCGGCCAUUAAACUGCUGCUUGAUAAAGGUGCAAACAUAAACGCUGUUAAUGGAGAUAAUGUAACGCCGCUCUACUUGGCAUGUCAAAAUGGCCACAAAAACGUUGUGAAAAUUUUGAUUAGAAAAGGCGCCAACGUUAACAUAACGACUCACGCUAAAAGGACAGCGCUUCAUGCAUGUGCUGCCAAAGGAAAUCGCGCUAUUGUAAAAAUACUGCUUGAUAAAGGUGUAAACGUAAACGCUGUUGACAAAAACAACGUCACGGCGCUUGGUCUGGCAUCCCAAAAUGGCCACAAGAAAGUUGUAAAGACUUUGAAAAGACAACAACGUCGAAAAGACAAAACGUCAAAGGGACAAAAAGUCAAAAGGACAAAAAGCCGGAAAGUGAAAAAAAUAUUUCCACUUUAGAAUGAAAAAGUCAUUUGCGAAUGAAUCGCGAAAUUUAAAGCCUCUGUAAUAAAUACAAAAACCCAAAUUAACCAUCGAGCAGUCGCGUCUUUGACUAUUUUCAGUGACGCCGCGCUCACGCGGCACAUGCGUGCAUUUUUCAUGGUGCGUGUAGUCAGUACACGACGCGACCGCUCCCGGUUUAUUUCACCUAGCGGUGAUGGCGCUUUUCUCGUGCUUUCGAAAACUCAUUUCAACAAAACUCAAGUGACAUGUUGAUGAAUAUCGCACUUGCAUAGGUUAACAAGAAUCUAUUUCAUAGCACCAGAAAUCAUAUCGUUUAUCUGUUUUUUUGAUGUUUGAUCCUUAACCUCUUACAAAAAAGCCGCAAUUUUGAAUUUUGAGGAUUUUAGUCCGCCAUUUUGGAAAUUCUGGUCGCCAUUUUCGGGCUCCAGACUUCUUUCCCAUACCAAAUAUACCCAAAUCGCAUGGUUUUUGUUCCUAAAACUCCAGAGCAGGAUUCUCCUGGAAUACCGAGUAGGAUUCGCCUGGAAUCCUAGCAGGAUUCUGCAAGAAUCCUGAGAAAAAUUCUCCAAGAAUCCUGAGCAGGAUUCUCCAAGAAUCCUGAGCAGGAUUCUCCAAGAAUCCUGAGCAG